UGAGGAUCUCAGCGCUGUUUUGAUUGGCUCUUGUUGAGCCGGAAAUCGUCGGUCCCAUAUUGCUAGUGCUCCGGGUUGUCAUUCAACAUGUCUGUGCCUGCUGGGAGAUCUGUGGUCUUCGUGACUGGAAAUGCUAAAAAACUCGAAGAGGUCAUUCAGAUCCUGGGAGACAAGUUUCCCUACAAACUAGUGUCCAAAAAGAUUGACUUGCCUGAAUACCAAGGAGAGCCAGAUGAGAUUUCCAUACAGAAGUGUAAGGAGGCUGCACAGCGGAUUGAUGGACCAGUCAUAGUAGAGGACACCUGUCUGUGUUUCAAGGCAUUGGGAGGCCUGCCUGGUCCUUACAUAAAAUGGUUCCUGGAUAAACUCCAGCCAGAAGGCUUGCACAAACUCCUAGCUGGGUUUGAAGAUAAAUCAGCGUGGGCUCUCUGCACGUUUGCUUUCUCUGCUGGGAAAGAUGAACCAGUGCAGCUCUUCAGAGGGAAAACAGAGGGACGCAUUGUGGAACCCAGGGGACCCAGAGACUUUGGAUGGGAUCCCUGUUUCCAGCCAGACGGAUAUGACAAAACCUAUGCUGAACUGCCCAAAGAUGUGAAGAAUACCAUCUCUCACCGCUACCGGGCACUCGCUGCCAUGUCUGAGCACUUCUCUCAAACCAACAAUACCUCACCACAGGACAAGAAGAAGAAGAAGCUGGAGGACUAAAGAGUCAUUUUAGGGUCAACUUCAGGUUCUGAAUCUGAAGCAAACUGUAUCAAACCUCAAGUCAUUAGAUUUGACAAUGCAGAGGAUACUCCUUAUUACUAAGAUGUUUUAUUGUUGGAUCAGAAACGUAUGGCAGGUAACAGAUUUGUGAUCACAAUGUCUACAUGAAGAAUCUGCAGCGGAACAUGUGCUGCAUAAUAUUGUUUUUUUUAAUAAACUUAUUUUUAAACAAA